CCGCGAGUCCGCGUUUAUCUUCACUUCACUUCACUUCACCUCUGCACUGAAGAAGCGACUCUGGACUCAGCAGGAAACUAAUGAUGGACUUCGACUUGGGUGCAGCUGUGGAAACGGACCAGGCAAAGAAGAGCGACGCAAAAGAGGUCGAGGGAAUCUUCGGAUCUGGAAAGAAGUCUGAAGACAAGGAUAAGGAGAAGUGUAAAGACAAGGUAAAAUGCAAAGAUGACAAGAAGCAUAAAGAGGACAAGAAGCAUAAAGAGGACAAGAAGCAUAAGGAGGACAAGAAGCAUAAAGAACACAAAAAGCCUAAAGAGCACAAGAAUAAAGAGCACAAGAAGCAUGGGGGACACAGCUCCUCCUCCAGUGACGAGGAUUAGGAAAUCAACCAGAGUGAAGACAGAUUUUUUUUCUUUCCCCCUCUUAUUUUUCAAAAUAAAAUCAUUGCUGUUAAAAUCUGCUUCUAAUUAUGGUGUAGUAAAAUUUUAAAACAAUAAAUUUGUCCAAAAUAA